AUGAAGGUUAAACAAGAAAAUGGUAAUUCACCAUUUAAAAGUGCAACUAAUUCUACAAAUUUAUUUAAUCGAGAAAGGAUUAUUUUUAAUAGAGAAAGAAAGGAAAAUCUUAAUAAUAAAGAAAUAACCAAUUUGAGUUAUGGAUCAUCAGAGUUACAAAAAUUUAGUAAACUUGCUGACGUGUGUGAUUAUGAAUUGACAAAAAGGGUAGAAAAUUUUAAUGUAAAUAGGAUUUCAAUCAAUUCGAUUUUGAAAUAUCAAAAUAAACAACCGGUUCACAAUGAUGAAGAAUUACUUUAUUCGAAUACAAUUGAUAAUAUCUCAAAUAAUGACAGCAAAAUUUGUAAUUGCUUUGCUGAGCAACUUAACAGAGGAAGAUGGUCAAAAGAAGAAGAUAUUAGUUUAUUAAGAUUUAUUAAAAAUUAUGGCACUGAUAAUUGGUCUUUUAUUGCUGCAAAAAUGGUCACAAGAAAUGCUAAACAGUGUCGUGAAAGAUAUUUCAAUCAAUUAAAUCCCUCUUUAAAUAAAAACCCAUUUACAAAAUCUGAAAUAGACUUAAUUAUUAAAUCACAGCGUGAACUGGGUAAUAAAUGGACACAGAUAGCAGAAAGAUUGACUAAUAGAUCUGAAAAUGAUGUAAAAAAUUUCUAUUAUGGAAUAAAAAAGAAUAAAAAUAGGAAAAAGUAA